CCUUUGUGAGUUUACGGAAGGCCAAGGAACUGUGGUCUGGAACGUGCUGUAACCACAAACGACAAUUAUGGAAAUGACCCGCUUUAAGCUCCACACCUUGAACCAAUCUCAAACCCACACAGGCAAAGCCUAGCAUCACUCGGGAGGCUGGAGCAGAAUUCAAGGUCAGCUUGGCUUACAUGAGUUCCAGUCCAUGCUUUCCAUUCAGAAGUCACUACUAAGGACUGCGGUAACGAGCUCCGUCUGAACAAGGAUUUGGAGUUGUUGAUCGGAUGCCAACCUGUACACAGUUCCAGGCCGCCCUGACUAAUUUGGGCACCAUGAAGCAGCUGCCCAUCUUGGAGCCCGGAGACAAGCCCAGAAAAGCUGCAUGGUACACUCUGACUUGCCCUGGAAACAAGCCCUGCCCUCGAGUUGGCCACAGCUGCUCGUAUUUUCCCCCAGUUGGCGAGGCCGAGAAAGGGAAGGUCUUCAUUGUCGGGGGAGCAAAUCCAAACCAAAGCUUCUCAGAUGUACACACCAUGGAUUUGGGAACACACCGGUGGGACACGGCCACCAGGGAGGGCCUCUUGCCUCGGUAUGAGCACGCCAGCUUCCUUCCGUCCUGCUCUCCGCACAGCAUCUGGGUGUUUGGCGGUGCAGACCAGUCAGGAAAUCGAAACUGUCUACAAGUCAUGAAUCCUGAAGCCAGGAUGUGGAGCACACCAGAAGUGACUGGCUGCCCACCAUCCCCAAGAACAUUCCACACAUCGUCAGCAGCUAUUGGAAACCACCUCUACGUCUUUGGGGGAGGAGAGAGAGGUGCCCAGCUGCAGGAUGUGAAGUUGCAUGUAUUUGACGAAAACACUCUGACGUGGGCUCAGCCAGAGACGCAUGGAAGUCCUCCAUCUCCCCGGCACGGCCACGCGAUGGUGGCAGCAGGGACAAAACUCUUCAUCCAUGGAGGACUGGCAGGGGACAGGUUCUUCGAUGAUCUCCACUGCAUUGAUAUUGGUGACAUGAGCUGGCAGAAGCUUGGUCCCACCGGUACUGCCCCAGUAGGCUGUGCUGCCCAUGCCGCCGUGGCUGUGGGACACCAUGUGUAUGUGUUUGGAGGAAUGACUGCCACUGGAGCACUGAACACAAUGUACAAGUACCACACAGAAAAGCAGCACUGGACCAUCCUUCAGUUCGACACUUCCCUCCCCCCUGGACGCCUGGACCACUCCAUGUGUGUCAUCCCAUGGCCAGUGACGUCUGCCUCUGACACUGAAGACUCAGGUUCUGUCAUUCUCAGCCUCCAAGAUGAGAAAGGGGACGCUGCUGAGAAACCAGAGACCCAGAGUGGAGGGUCCCGUGAGGAGAGUCCGACCACACUGCUGCUCUGUUUUGUGUUCGGUGGGAUGAAUACAGAAGGGGAGAUCUAUGAUGAUUGUCUCGUGACCGUAGUGGACUAAUAAAACCCACAUUUUUAUCACUCAUUACUUUA